AUGGAGCAGAGAAAAGAAAAUGUAGUGUUGUUCCCAUUCAUGGCACAGGGUCAUAUAAGGCCUUUCUUAGCAUUAGCCUGCCAAAUAGUACAAAGUAAGAAUUACACUGUAACCUUUAUCAACACCUCUCUCAAUAUCAAAAAACUCCAACCAUCUCUCCCAUCAAACUCCUCCAUUCGCCUCAUUGAAAUCCCUUUCUUCAGCUCUGAUCAUGGCCUUCCUCCAGAUGCUGAGAACACUGAUGCUUUUCCCCAAUUCAUGGGCCAACUCAUCGAAGCUUCUCAUUCUUUCAAACCUUCUUUUAAAACUCUCAUUUCCAAUCUUAUAGAAGAGCAAAAUGGCCAAAGACCACUUUGCAUUAUUGCCGAUAUGUUCUUCUCUUGGACUGCAGAUGUUGCUCACGAAUUUGGAGUUUUUAACGCAAUCUUCAACGCUGGUGGUGGCUAUGGCAUGGGGGUAUUUCACAAUCUCUGGUUAAACCUCCCUCACUUGAAAACAGACUCCAAUGAAUUCCCACUUCCGGGCUUUCCUGAUUCUUGUCGAAUACGCAUAAAUCAAAUGCCGGAGCAUCUUAGAUUUUCUAAACCUGAUGAUUCAUGGAUAAAGUUUAUGCAUAGAGUGUUUGAUGAAUGGUUGGAAUCUGAUGCGUUUUUGUUCAAUACAGUGGAAGAGAUUGAUCAAAUUGGAUUGACAUAUUUCAGGCAGCAAAUGAAUCGCCCGGUGUGGCCUAUUGGGCCUGUGAAGCUCACCUUGGGAAGCAAAGCUGGUUCUGGAAAAGACUCGGGAAUUACGUGGGAACUUUGUAAGAAUUGGCUAGACUCAAAACCUUAUGGUUCAGUUCUAUAUAUUUCAUUCGGGUCACAAAGCACUAUUUCAUUGUCUCAAAUGAUGGAGUUGGCAAAGGCAUUAGAGGCUAGUGGCAAGGAUUUCAUCUGGGUUAUUAGGCCACCUUUAGAGUUUGACAUUAACUCGGAGUUCAAUGCUGAAGCAUGGUUACCAAAAGGAUUUGAACAACGUGUAGGAGUUGAAAAUAAGGGACUUUUGGUGCACAAUUGGGCACCCCAGGUGGAAAUUUUAUCACACAAAUCUGUGGGUGCUUUUUUGAGUCACUGUGGAUGGAACUCUGUGCUUGAUUCUCUUAGUCAUGGAGUUCCCAUUUUGGCUUGGCCUAUUAUGGCUGAGCAGCAUUUCAAUGCAAAGAAGUUGGAGGAAGAGAUGGAGGUUUGUGUUGAGGUGGCUAAUGGGGCAAACAGUGAGGUUAGUCAUGAAGAUAUGGUGGCCAAGAUUGAGUUGGUGAUGAAUGAGACUGAGAAAGGAAAGGAUAUGACAAGGAAAGCUGGUGAGGUGAUGGACAUUAUCAAGAAUGCUAAGAAAGAUGAGGAUGGUUUCACGGGGACUUCUGUCAAAGCCAUUGAUGAAUUCUUCAAUGCCACAGUGUUAUGGAGAGAGAAGAAGAAAACCACCUAG